CUGCUAUGCCUCUCUCAGAUCCCUUCUCCCUCUUCAGUUCAUCAAGGGAAAGCGUUCAAUAUCUGACCACAUGAACGAGGCAGUGAAUUACAUAAAGCACAUGCAGAACAAUAUCAAAGAGCUUGUUGCCAAGAGAGAUGAACUGAAGAAACUUUCCAGCCACAGCAAUAUGGAAAAUAGUCAUGAGGGUUUGCAUACAUCUUGCAACUUUACUGUCCACGAGAGUAAUGAUGUCAUAGGAAUCGAAAUCACCAGUGGCUUCAUUGAGGAAAGGCCUAAAGUUUCAAAGUUACUGCAGCUACUGAUUCAAGAAGGUCUUGAAGUUGUUAGUUGCCUUUCAUCCGAAGUCAAUGGUAGAUUGCUCCACAGUGUGCAGUGUGAGGUAAACAGUUCCAACUGUUUAGAUCUAUCUGAGCUGAGAAGGAAAAUUUCCAAAGCAUUUCCAGCAUUUAGAUGUUCUGACUAACUUUGCUGUUGGAGCUGGCUAGGUUCACAAUCUCUCCAAUAACAGGAAAUUUACCAUGGCAUGCAUUUUAGAUCGAGAGCUACUAUGGUACCUAGAAAAACCUAUAUAUAGAGUUUCAGCAGUUAUUUUUUGAGUUAACAGUUGAAUGAGUUUGAACACAUCAA